ACAACAAAAGCCGUGAUAGAAUCUCUUAUUUCCCAGGAUUUCCUAGUAUAUUUUGUUUUACCUCUUCGUUGUAUGUCUGAUCACAUAUUGUUUUUUCCAUCAUAAUUGCAUUUUUUACGAUUGUAUGAAAGAGUUAUGAUAUCAUUAAAAAAAUGCAACAAAUUAAUAGCUUCUUCUGUGUAGUGGCGUAUCCAGAGGGGGCUAGAGGAGGCUCGGCCCCCUCUACGAAGGUUUGAGCCCCUUCUAGAAAGAUUUUUGCUCCCUGUGAGUGAAGAAAAAUACCUAUGACUUAUGUAUUAAUAAGAGUAUACAUACAGUUUAUUCACAAUAGCAAGCAUGUAUAACAGAGAGAAUUCAGAUCUUAAAGAGAAAUUUCUUAGAAAACAGUGUAGUGUGCAGUUUCCGUGCAUUUGAAAAUUUUUGCUUCGCGAAUCGGGUUGUUUCUGUAAUGUUUCGAUUUGAUAAUUUUUCUCUUCAUUUUAGCUUCGAAUAUGAAAUAGAAUUUCAUUAAUUAUUGAGUGACUCAGCAAUAAAAAGAUAAUAAAUGAUAUCAUUUUGUGACUAUUACUUUAAAAUCAUGAGUUCCCAUUUGAAUAAAUUGUACAAUUGUGAGCUAAAUCUUUUUUAUUCAGUUUCAAGAAGCUGCCGCCUUCGGUAGCAUGUUCUUCUGCGAUUAUUUCUCUUACUAAAAUGUAAAUUUUAGUAAGAGAAAAAAGUUUUUGCUGCGCGGUGUUUUUCAAAGAGUCAUAUAAAAGAAGAGCAGCGGCAAACAACUUUACAAUUACAACGAUGGUUGAAAAUUUUUUACUCUUUCUUGUGGCUAGAACUUAGGUACAUUCGUGGGGCCGAGCUCCCUCUAGCCUUAUUUUCUGGCUGCGCCACUACUUUUGUGGAAAAUAUUUUUGAUGAUUUAUAAUCGGAUUAUUUUGUGCAAGAACUUUUAUACUAUCUUUAUCAAAGUAAGUUAAGUAAAUAACUCAACACAGAAUUAGACAUUAAUAUAAAGGUAUAGAAUUUAUUUAUUUUAAUAUCAAUCAGCAUCAUUAGUUGGACUGGUUUGGCCUGUAGACCAAGCCAGAAAAAGCGGCCUGUUGGUAGCUCUGAUUUUUACUGUAUUUUUGUACCUUCAUUGUACUCUUAUAGUAGAGAGCAUCGAGUUCGGGUUUGAAAACUUUCUGCUGACCGGAUUCAAAUUCAAAAAUUCUUGGACUCGAUAGGUCUAGUUUAGAUUCACAAAAGAUUAAUCAAGUUCGAGACUGAAAAUUUUGAUGGACCAAGUUCGGAUUCAAAACAAUUUAUCGAUCGGAUCUGGAUCUAGAAAUUCUUGACCCUGAUGGCUCUAUCUCAUACCCUCAUUGCACUCUCUGUGCUUCAGAAGUACGGAAGUACGUCGUUUCUCCCUCGCCUUCCUCUCAUUCGAACGUUUAUCUGAUAAAAGUUUUAUCAACAAUGAGAAAAGUAUUAUUCGGGUUAAAAUGGUUUUAUUUCUCUUUUGAUUAUAUAGACAACAUAAAUCAAGCUCAAGAUGCUUUUCAACAAUGUCGUUCCUUAUUGGAAGAUCAAUUGGAUUAUUCGGAUAAACUACAUUGUGAAACAGCUAUUAACGAAAUUGAAAAACAUUUGGAUAAACUUGAUCAAAUCGAAGAUGAAUUCAAAUUAGUACAAAAUCUAGCAGAAGGAUUGACAUUUACUUUCAAUAAAGGACCUUUGAUACAAGCAAUGGAACAGGGUGAUUGGAUUCUGUUGGAUAAUAUCAAUUGUGCACGUGGAGAUGUGAUUGAACGUCUAAAUUCCUUAGCUGAAGCUAAACCAACCUUAACAUUAUACGACUCGGCAUCAUCACAACAGUAUAGUCGUGGUAAUGGUAUUCAUAAAGAUUUUCGAUUGUUUGUUAUCGCCAAUAACAAUCGAAAAAUGGCCAAUAGAUUAUCAAGUGCUUGGCGAAAUCGAUGUUUGAUCAUUCGAAUGCAAACAUUAGACGAUGGAUUAAAUCUUGAUCAUGUUGAACAGCAUGAUCUAGCUGAAAUUAUCAAAGGUGAACUACAAGGAAUCAAUGGUGGCCAAGAAUUAACACACACUUUGUUACG